AUGGCCAAUGCAAGAAUAUCUGACAUCAUGGGCCUCAAUGGUGGUGUUAUUCCUCUAGGCUUUGCUGCCUUGGUUAUGUUUUCUUGCGUGGCCGAUGCUUUGUCCGGCGAAUAUCUUUUGGGGGAGGGUGUCCGUCGAAGCCUUGCUGAGAAUGACACUGCUCAGAGUAAAGAUUGCAGUAGACAGUGUGAGUCAGAGUUCUGUACAGUGCCUCCAUUUUUAAGAUAUGGAAAGUAUUGUGGACUCUUGUACAGCGGAUGUCCAGGGGAGGAACCCUGUGAUGGCCUUGAUGAAUGCUGCAUGAAGCAUGAUGCCUGCGUUCAAUCUAAGAACAAUGAUUAUCUAAGCUCAGAGUGCAGCCAACAGUUCCUAAAUUGCAUGGCCGAAUUCAGAAACUCAAAAGGGAAAACGUUUAAUGGGAACACAUGUCACGUUCAAGAUGUUGUUGAAGUUAUAACUCUUGUCAUGGAAGCUGCAUUAGUUGCUGGAAGAUAUCUUCAUAAGCCUUGA